AUGGCUCUUCUUGUGGACAAGCUGCGGCCACGCAACCUCGAUGCUCUCUCGUAUCACCCGGAGCUUUCUGAUCGUCUGCGAUCACUGGCACGAAGCGGAGAUUUCCCUCACUUACUCGUCUAUGGGCCCUCUGGUGCUGGCAAGAAAACACGGAUAAUUGCGACAUUAAAAGAACUGUACGGCCCCGGUGUUGAGAAGAUCAAGAUCGACGCCAGAGUCUUUCAAACAACAAGCAAUCGAAAGUUAGAAUUCAACAUUGUCUCGUCCGUGUACCAUCUUGAGAUUACCCCUGCGGAUGUAGGAAACUAUGACCGAGUAGUCGUCCAGGAACUACUCAAAGAGGUUGCGCAGACGCAACAGGUGGAUCUCGGCGCGAAGCAACGGUUCAAGGUCGUCGUGAUCAACGAAGCCGACCACCUCUCACGCGAUGCCCAAGCAGCUCUCAGACGGACAAUGGAGAAAUACAGUCCCAAUCUGCGAUUGAUUCUUCUGGCCAACAGUACGUCCAACAUCAUUGCGCCGAUUCGGUCUCGAACCCUGCUGGUCAGGGUUGCAGCGCCUACUGAAAACGACAUUUGCUCUGCACUCCAUCUUGCAGGGAAAAAAGAAGGAUGGACUGAGUCCGAGGUGCUUAACAAGAGGAUUGCAAAGGAGAGUGGACGCAAUCUGCGUCGUGCGCUGCUCAUGUUCGAGUCGAUUUAUGCACAAAAUGAGAAAGUUACGGACAAGACAAUGAUCCCGCCUCCGGACUGGGAAGCCCUUGUUGCCCUCACAGCUGAUGAGAUUCUUGCUGAGCGCUCACCGGCUCGGCUGUUGCACGUUCGCGCACGCCUCUAUGAUCUUUUAACUCAUUGCAUUCCACCAACGACCAUUUUGAAAACGUUGACAUUCAAGCUCGUCGCGCGGGUUGACGAUGCACUAAAACCAGAGGUUAUUAAGUGGUCUGCCUUCUAUGAGCACCGCAUCAAGCUGGGAAGUAAAGUAAUAUUCCAUCUUGAAGCCUUCGUGGCCAAGUUCAUGCGCAUAUAUGAAAGUUACCUGAUGGGUAUGGACUUUUAA